CCAUAAACUCAAAUAUUAUCAACACACUCAUGUUCACUUCCAUCACUCUUCUUUUCCUUUUCUUUUCUACUUACCUCUCCCAUCUAUCAUCAUCAUUCUCUUGUUAAUCAUCAUUACAUCAAAUCUUAAACAAAAGAUUUGUAGUUUUUGUUCUUAAAAAAUAUCUUUAAUUCCAAUUUUUUUUUUUUUAAUGUUAACUCAUCUUUUCUUGGAAGUUUUGAUUUUUUUUUUUUUCAUUGAUUAGAAUACCAGAAAAGUAAUCACCAACUUUAUGGUUUGUGGUCAAAUUAUAUAGAAAAGAAUUGUUGAGAUUAUUAUAGCAAACCUUAAUUAGGAAGUGGGGGAAGAAAAAGGAGAAUGUUUUUAGAUAUUUGAAGAAUUAACACUACCACCACCACAAAGGAGUAUGGAUAUGACUGCGAGAGCUACGAUUGCGGCGGCGACGAUAACGACAACGGUGGCGGGUGGUGCGGGUUUGAGUAUAGUACCGCCUGUGAAAAGCCCGGAAGCGGAGAGUGAGACACCGCAUCGGAUCCAGCCUUCAAAGCCAUUUUCCUUCAGUAACGGUGUGUUAAAGCGUCACGCGCCUUCGACUGUACUAUAUAAAAAAUGUCUAAAGAAUCAUGCUGCAAGCUUAGGUGGUCACGCGCUGGAUGGGUGUGGGGAAUUCAUGCCGGCUCCAACCGCCACCGCUUUGGACCCGACUUCGCUUAAGUGCGCCGCUUGUGGUUGUCAUCGUAACUUUCAUUGGCGGGAGCUGGAGGAGAUGGUGAGUGCAACUUGUGCUCCAACACCAGUAACUCAUGUGAUCGAGUAUCACCCGCACCACCGGCACCAUCCAUUGCCACCGCCGACAUCACAUCCACAGACUGUACCGACGGUGGCCUCUCGCGGAGUUCGGAGCCCGGGAUCUCAGUCUCCUCCUCCGAUCUCGUCAUCUUACUACCCGGGAUCCGCACCCCACAUGCUGCUGGCUCUCAGCAGUGGUGGUGUGGGUGGGCCAGAAGAUACCCCUACUGCCAACAAUAACCCUCACUCUUACCCUAACCACCACCACCAGCAGCAGCAUCAGAACCACCACCAUCACGGCGGCCAACAACUGAUGAAUUCAUCCUCCUCACAACCACCAAGCCGAAAGAGAUUCCGAACGAAAUUCAGCCAACACCAGAAAGACAAAAUGCAGGAAUUCGCCGAAAAGGUCGGGUGGAAAAUGCAGAAAACAAACGAUGAUUUAGUAAACGGAUUUUGCAACGAAAUCAAUGUCGAAAGAGGAGUGUUCAAAGUAUGGAUGCACAAUAACAAAAACUCAUUUUCAAAGAGAUCUACUACCACCACCAAUUCUGGUGGCGGAGCUGCUAAUUGUGAUAUUAAUCCGAUUAACGGUCUUAAUCAUAAUCCCGUUGAUGAUGAAGAAGAUUAUGGUCAUCUGAACGGAAAUGGGAAUAGUAAUAGCAGUAUUAGUAUCAACGAUCAGCCGCAUCACCACAGCAACCACCAUCAGUAUAAUGGUGGGAAGAGUCAUGCUCCUACUAAUGGCUCCUCUUCUUCUUCUUAAUCAUAAUUAUAACUUUCUUUAUUUGGUUAAUAAUAAAAUUAAGUUUUUGUUUAAUCCUCAAUUAGAUAAUUCAGGAUAAAAGAUUUCCCUGAUUCCCCUAUCUUUUUUCCUUUUCUAUUUUUAGUAUUUUUAUUCCCUUUUAUUUUAGUAGGUUUAUCUUGUUAAUUAAAGUGGUAAGGGGGGUGACACUCCGUUGUUGUUGAUGAUGAGCUUAAUCAAAUGGAAAAUUACUAAACUUAAUUAGAUUGCUAA